CGCUGAGGCUCCAGUCUGGCUGACGCCGCGAGCUCUGUGCUGCCGGAGCGUCCAAACACACGCGCACACCUCCAAUCUGCGCGAGAGUGUGGAGCGCGCGCGACUUCUUCGACUGCGCGGAAUAUUAUUCGGCUCGUCGGACAAAGAUAAAAGCGGUAAUAUCCAGACUGGUGACUGCCCGACGAAAACAUCUGUCAGGGGGCUUCCUUUAAGCCUGGCUGUAUCUUGGCUGUUAAGAAAUAAACGAAGACUCUUGUGUUCCUGGGUAGAAGUGAUUUAGAACAGAUUUCCCUUGUGUGCCACAAGCUUUGAGUAAAAUCCCAUCCCAUGAUGCAGUCCACUACAUCCAUCACAUCCCUCUUCUCCUUCACCAGUCCAGCUGUGAAGAGGCUGCUGGGCUGGAAACAGGGAGAUGAAGAGGAAAAGUGGGCGGAAAAGGCUGUUGAUUCUCUUGUAAAGAAACUGAAGAAGAAGAAAGGGGCCAUGGAGGAACUCGAAAAGGCUCUUAGCUGCCCUGGCCAGCCCAGUAAAUGUGUGACCAUCCCUCGCUCCCUGGAUGGAAGGCUUCAGGUGUCCCAUCGUAAAGGUCUGCCACAUGUCAUCUACUGCCGAGUGUGGCGAUGGCCAGAUCUGCAGUCCCACCAUGAGCUGAAAGCACUGGACUGCUGCGAGUUUCCCUUUGGCUCCAAGCAGAAGGAUAUCUGUAUCAACCCCUAUCAUUACCGCCGUGUGGAGACGCCAGUGUUGCCCCCAGUCCUUGUGCCACGUCACAGUGAGUUCAACCCCCAGCACAGCUUAUUGGCAAAGUUCCGGAACGCUUCCUUACACAAUGAACCUCUCAUGCCACAGAAUGCCACCUAUCCAGACUCCUUCCCUCAGAUGCCCUGCAGCUCAUUUUCUUCGUCUCCCUCCAGCUCUUUAAAUCAAUCACCUACUGCACGCAGCUACCCCAACUCCCCUAGUAGUGGGACUGACCCCGGGAGCCCACCCUACCAAAUCACAGCAGAGACGCCUCCUCCACCUUACAGUAUGAUGGAGACCUCUCCCACUGAGGAUGUGAAACCAGGAGAAACCUCCAAACCCAUUAAACUCAUUCUGUCAGCACCCCAUAUAGACUUGAGGCCGGUGUGUUAUGAGGAACCAGAAUACUGGUGCUCAGUGGCGUAUUACGAGUUGAACAACAGAGUGGGCGAGACAUUCCAUGCCUCCUCACGAAGCAUCCUGGUGGACGGCUUCACCGACCCCUCCAACAAUAAGAACAGAUUCUGUCUUGGAUUGCUGUCCAACGUCAACCGAAACUCCACCAUUGAACACACACGCAGGCACAUAGGCAAAGGUGUUCAUCUGUAUUACGUCGGUGGAGAGGUGUAUGCAGAGUGUCUGAGCGACAGCAGUAUUUUCGUACAGAGUCGGAACUGUAACUAUCAGCACGGUUUUCACCCCACCACUGUUUGCAAGAUCCCAAGUGGAUGCAGCCUUAAGAUCUUCAACAACCAGCUGUUUGCCCAGCUGCUGUCUCAGUCAGUAAACCAUGGCUUUGAGGUGGUGUAUGAACUCACCAAGAUGUGCACCAUCAGGAUGAGUUUUGUCAAGGGCUGGGGUGCCGAGUACCACCGUCAGGAUGUCACCAGCACCCCCUGUUGGAUAGAAAUCCACCUGCAUGGGCCACUGCAGUGGCUAGACAAAGUUCUGACCCAAAUGGGUUCUCCGCACAAUCCUAUCUCCUCUGUGUCCUAAUGUAUUUGAUACAACAAUGCCAGAAGAACAGAAUAAGGUUCCCAAUGCACUCUAGGUCCUCGUGGUGGUGUAGUGACUCGCCUCAAUCCGGGUGGCGAAGGACGAAUCUCAGUUGCCUCUUGUGUCUGAGACCUUCAAUCCGUGCAUCUUAUCACCUGGCUUGUUGAGCGGGUUACCGCGGAGACAUGGCGCGUGUGGAGGCUUCACGCUAUUCUCCGCGGCAUCCACGCACAACUCGCCACCCGCCCCACCCAGAGCGAGAACCACAUUAUAGCGACCACGUGGAGGUUACCCCAUGUGACUCUACCCUCCCUAGCAACCAGGACAAUUUGGUUGCUUAAGAGACCUGGCUGGAGUCACUUACAGCAUUUAUUAAUCUUGGUUAAAGUAUUUUUCAUUAGUUAACAUG